UCAGGCUAGGCUAUAAAGACCACAUGACCAGAACUCGAUCACCCAACCUGCAAGCAGCCAAAACCAAGCAUCUAAAUCAAAAUAGCCUGUCUAGAUCUAGUUCAUUUCAGCUGGUCUGAAGAGAUUGCAGCAAUGGCGGCUCAGGGAAGAGGCAGUGCAAGUACAACCGCCAGCGCGCUCGUCGCCGGCGCCGUGCUACUGUGCCUGCUCCUGCCAACAGCAAUGGCGAAAACGUACAUGGUCGGCGACGGCGCCGGCUGGACUAAGAACCUCGAGUCCACCUGGCUGCCCGGGAAGACCUUCUACGCCGGGGACGUCUUCGUGUUCAAGUACGACAAGGAGAAGCACGACGUGACGGUGGUGGGCGGCAAAGGGUACGCGCGGUGCAAGGCGCCGAGGAACAGCACCCACAGCUGGGUGAUGCGCACGGGGAACGACCAGGUCACGCUGCGCAGGGGCAGCAACUUCUUCAUCUGCGGGCAGCCCGACCACUGCGCCAAAAACAUGAAGCUCGCCGUCAAGGCCUUGUGAUAUCGAUCGAUCCAUGAUCCACGCGCGCGUGCACCUAUUAUAGAUCGAGUCAAUGCAGAGGCCGGCGGGCGUAUAUUAUCAUACCAUCGAUCGAUGCCUAUAUGGUGGUGCGCUCGUCGUUGACUGCUCGUGUGCCUUGUUGUGUUCUCUUUUAAAUGUUUUCUGUUAUGAGUCGUUUCACAUUUUGUAGUGACCUGCGCAUAUCAAUCAUGUUAUCAUCGAGUAAAACUUGAUGUUUUAGUUCUCUA